UGGGCCGCCGAGCACCUGCUCCGGCUCCCCUCCGGCCCGGGCUGUGCAGUCGCUUCCGGAGCAGGAGAGGCGAGAGCAGGAUGGCGGCGGCUGCAGGUGCAGCCGAGAAGGAGGCGAGCCAGCAGAGCAGCUUGGGCGCCUACUCGCCCGUGGACUACAUGAGCAUCACAAGCUUCCCCCGCUUGCCCGAGGAGGAGGCGGGCAGCGCCAGCGCGGCCGAGAGCUGCCUGCGCUCCAGGAAGGAGGAAGAUGCUUUCCUAGCAGAGCAGGACACUGAUCCAGACUCCUUCUUAAAAUCAGCUCGUCUUCAGCGCCUGCCAUCAUCUUCUUCAGAAAUGGGCAGUCAGGAUGUAUCGCCGCUCCGGGAGACCACCAAGGACCCAUUCUCUGGGGACUGCAGCUGUCGCCAGGAUGGUCUGACUGUGAUCAUCACUGCCUGCCUAACGUUUGCUACAGGAGUCACGGUGGCCUUAAUCAUGCAGAUCUAUUUUGGUGACCCCCAGAUAUUCCAUCAGGGUGCCGUAGUCACCGAUGCUGCCCGCUGCACCGCACUGGGAAUCGAGGUACUGAACAAGCAAGGUUCCUCUGUGGAUGCAGCCAUCGCGUCUGCCUUAUGCUCAGGAAUUAUUAACCCACACACAGCUGGCAUUGGCGGUGGAGGAGUAAUGCUGGUUCACGACAUCAGGAAGAACGAGAGCCGGGUGAUUGAUUUCCGAGAGACAGCCCCCUUCAGCAUCCAAGAAGAGGGCCUUAGGAAGGCUUGGGAAACAAAGCCGGGUCUCUUGGUUGGGGUUCCAGGCAUGGUCAAAGGACUCCACGAAGCACAUCGGUCUUAUGGAAGACUACCAUGGAGACAGUUGCUCAGCUUUGCUGCAGAUGUGGCUGAGGAUGGAUUUAAUGUCACGCAUGAUUUAGCUAUGGCAAUCGAAGAAGUGAGGCAUCAGCACAACUACUCAGAAAAGUUUAGGAAGACCUUUCUUCCAGAUGGACAGCCCUUGUUGCCUGGUACGUUCAUGAAAAGACCAGACUUGGCUGCUCUUUUAAACUUGCUCGGGUCAAAAGGGGUCUCAGUUUUCUACAGCGGGAACAUGACAGAAGAGAUCAUUUCUGAGGUUCGUAAUUUUGGUGGUAUCUUGUCAGAAGAAGACUUUAGUAACUACACUGUCUCGAUGGAAAAUCCAGUCCAUACGAUAUACCAAGGUCAUCUUGUUCUCAGUCCAUCUCCUCCACAUGUAGGCCCUGCUCUGAUCACAGCUCUCAACAUCCUUGAAGGUUUCAAUAUCACCAGCCAGGUAGCCAGGGAAAAUAUUCUCCACUGGAUGGCAGAGACAUUAAAAAUAGUUCUGGCUCUUGCUAGCACUUUGGGGGACCCUUUCUAUGAUGCAUCUGUCUCUCAUACUGCUGAAGAAAUGAUGGGUCAAUCAACUGCAAAUUUGCUGCGUCAACUCAUUAAUGAUUCCCAGUCUUCUGCCCCUGAUCAUCAUGCUCCACAAUUCUCUGUAGAAAGUGGUCCGUCUGCCAGCCAGGUCCUUGUCAUGGGACCUGAUGACUACAUUGUUGCAAUUGUAAGUUCCUUGAACAGGCCCUUCGGAAGUGGAAUUAUGACAUCUUCUGGAAUUCUUUUAAAUAGUCAGAUGUUGGAUUUUUCUUGGGUGAAUAACACAGGAAACCAUUCCUUGAGGAAUUUUAUUCAGCCUGGAAAGAGGCCUUUAUCUUUCUUACUGCCCACUGUUGUUCGGCCAUCAGAAGGGAUGUGUGGGACUUACCUUUGUCUGGGAGCCAAUGGUGGAGAUAAAGCACUGAGCAGCAUUACACAGGUUUUAGUGAAUGUUUUAACAUAUAACAAGAACCUGAGUGAGAGCCUCUCCUUGGGCCGACUUCAUCCUCACCUUCAGUCCAAUGUCCUGGAAGUUGAUAGUGAGUUUUCUGAAGAAGAUAUCAAGUACUUGAGAACCCAGGGACAGGAUGUGGAAAGAGUUGGGGUGCUUUCCCUAGUUCAUGGAGCCAGAAGAACCAACAACUUCAUAAUUGGGGUGAAGGACCCCAGAAGUAUGGAUGCAGAAGGAGCCACAAUCUUAUAACAGUUACUGGAUGGGUUUGUUCGUGAAAUGAGGCUUUUUUUCCCAGUGUGCAUGUUCCUAAACAGUCCCUUUCUCAUUCCUUCUGGUGUGGAACAAACAAUGUUUGUUGUGGGAUUAUACAUCGCUAAAUAGGCCCCUCUGCCUUUCUGUAAAUGAAAUAAAGCAGCAACAAAGGCUGAUAAAACCACAAUGUAGCCCUUAGGUUUUUUUGUUUAUUUGUUAAUCCUGAGUUAUAAGACUCUUAGGCAUUAUUAUAUUAGGAACACAGGGAAUAGGUUUAAUUUUGACAGCAUUUAGUUUAGGGUUAAUUCCAGCCAUUUAAUGUACCACAGAGAACAAUUUCUCAAGUAAGCACUGGGAACACUCAAGAAGAAGACUACACAUACUAUACCACUGGAAUUUUGCUGCUCUGUAAAUAUACACAGAUAUUUUGUCCUGAUGCAAGGUCUUUUAAAACAUAGUCGUUCUAAUAGAUGAGAAGGAGAGGAACAUAAAGGUUCUGAAGAUCUGAGUUCAAAUAGAGAAAAUACAUUUGUGAAGGGUGGCUUCAUAGUGGCUGGUGUCUGUGAUCUUACAAAUCUAUCUUUCUCCCCUCUAAUUUCUGCAGCCAUCUUGCAGUUUCAGUUACUGUUUGUGAUUUUUUUCCCCUUUGUAAGGUAAGAAUAAACUCAUGGAUGUAAAUAUGUAUGUAUUGCUUUAAAAACAAACAAACCUGACACAUGAAGUGAUAAAUGGAUAAACCGCAUUUGACCUACUAUGCUUCAACAUCAGGAUGAGUUGGGUUCUUAUUACAGGUGAAGAGACUACAUUGAGUGUUCCCUAUAAAGAUAACAAAUAGUUUAAUCCUCAGAUCACUUUGCCAAUACAGAACAUCCUGACUUCUGCGUGUUGAGGUUGAGGCAAGUAAUCUUUCUAUGUCCAAUAGAUUUAUUUCUCAGAUAUUAGUGAUCAGUUCUCUUCUGUCUGUCUCUUUCCCAAGUAGACGUGAAUAAGAAACAAAGGUUAAGCCUGAGCAUUCUUGACAGCCUAUUUCAAAGGGCUGCAGUGGCUGGAGCAGCACCUCUGCCAUGCCACCGUACCACCUCCAGAGGGAAAUCAGGCAGUGUGGGAAGGUAGCAGGAAAAAAGAAACCACGGCUGCCGGAGAAUUCCACAAAGGCUAAAACAAGUGGCGUAAGUUGGACUCCUGCGCUGGGGUGUUGGAAGACGGCUAAGGUUGACUCCCACCACAGGGGAACAUCCCUAGCUUGACCCCAGUCAUGCCGGCAUCCACCUUUAGGCCGGCACAGCUCUGGGUUAGGCAGCCUCUUCAGAGUCAAGUGUUGCUUGUGGCAUCCAGCCACCAUCCCAUUUGCUCUCCUUGCCGGCAUAGGUGCCAGUUACACCAGUGGGGUGGGCAAACACAUUGGGGCAGACUCACACUGCUCCCAAUUCGUGCUUCUCCCCCUGUCCCUGCUCUGGAUUGGGCUUUAAAUAUUUCCUAGGAGUCAAGAAAUUUUUACCAGCCUACAUAUUCCAGCAAUAUCAAAUCCUACUCAUGUAUGUGUGUAUGAUUUCAAAUUCUCAGAGUUUUGCACAGUAUUCAGCAUAGCCUCCCUAUGGGUCUGGAGUGUGCAUCAAGUUGUAUUGGAAUAGGUGAAGUACAGUGUCCUCGUGCUGGUUUCCAGAACCUCUCUGCCAGUGAAAUAGUAUUGCUAAUUCUCAUGCGGAAAGCACUGCACUCCAUGCUACCUUGCCCUGAUCCAGUAUGGUGUAGUGGUUAACUAGUGGUGCAGUGGUUAACCAGACUAGUAUAUGGAAGACCCAGGCUCAAACCAAGAAAAUUCACUGGAUGACCUUGGGCCAGUCACACUCUCUCAGUCUAACCUACCUCACAAGGUUGUUGUGAGAAUAAAAGGAAGGAGAGGAGAAUGAUGUAAGCAGCUUCAAGCUCCCAUAGGGGAGAAAGGUGAGGUAUAAAUGAAUUGAAUAAAUACAUGAAAUUAAAAAAAAACUAUUUAAUUGUAGCCUGCUGUUCAUUCUUUCGUUCCAUAGCUUAUUUGUUGGGCAAUACCAAGAUGAUUCAAUUAUAAAGUAAGGCCCACCGUAACAACAAUGCAAUAUUAUUUAAUUUCUUUCUUGUCUAAACAUUAUGAUCUAAGGUUACGGUUUUAAACCAUUAACUUUGGGAAAUUAAUGGCAAGAGGCUGAUUGAGGCUCAUUCGCCUUGAUCAUCCACAUUCAUAGAUAUGUACCAUUGUUCAAUCCCACUUUCCCUUUUCUUGAUCAGUGUUGAAAGGACAGCCAGUAAAAGUACGUCAAUACUUUCCUUAUGUUAUUCUUUCAGCUGACAUUUGAAAAUGUACAUUAUAAGUGAAAUUCUUAUGACAUUUCAUAAUUUUCUAAGCAUUAGAUACAAUAUUUCCACAGCUCUGUUAGUAAGCUGUAAUAUUAAUGGACUGGUAACUGACUUCUGUCUGAGCUUUUCUCAUUUUGCUUUCAUUAAAAUUUUGAAGUGGAGCUUUCCCUUGUCCUGAUAUAAACCAGCAGCUCAGAUUUUGUUUAUCUGAAUUGUCAACAACAUCAUUUUUACAGUGUUAAAAAAAGAGGGGAAAAAAGCUUUUGGUUCAUUGAAAUUUAGACAAAUUAUUUUGAGAAAACAAAGUGGACUACCGAAGACCACAGCAGGACCCUAGAGAACUUUUCUAGGUUGAUUUUGUAAUCUGCAUGUUGUUUGAAUUAAUGUCUUCUUAUUUUUAAGCAAAAUGUGAAGCAUUAGAGACUGAAUAACAUACAGAGUUGGAGCCUAUCAAAGGUUUUUUUUUCACUGAUGAGAAAGGCAGAAGGGUGUCCAUUUGGUCACCAAAAAGACUGUGUCUGGCCUUCUGGCUGGGAGCUGCAAUAAAAAUGGUAAUAACGGUAAAUGAGACCAAGUGAAAAAGCUGGCCAGAUCACAGAUUUGAGAAGAGCAAACAAAAUUCCAAUGGACAGAAUCCCCUUCCCUCAUGUACUUUCCAUCACUGAUCAAAUGUGUUAAUCUCACAUGCAUAUUUUGCUUCCGAGAACCAAAAUGUUUAAUUCCACCAGAAGGUAAAAUGCAUAUUAAAACACACACAGGUUACGUAACAGAAUAGAGUUCAUAAAUACAAAUGUAAAGAGAUAAUGUUUAUUGUACAGCAUCAUUUUUAUUUGAAAAUGAGAAAUAUGAAAAUGUAUUGUAAUCACAACUGUGACUUUAAUUGUACAGAAAACCACUGUAUCCAUGCAUUUUCCCACAAUAACAAAAAUGCUGAAAUAAAGGCAGUUUUCUUUUUAUAUUA